UUCGUUCGCUCGUUCGUCAUCAUCAGUGUGGUGUGAAAUUUUUAUUUAUAACAACAGAAGAAAAAAUAUUUAAGUGAAAAAUAAACGCAUUGUCUCGAUAAAGAAAAAUAUUUGUUCUACUCUAUUGAUAAUUGUAACAAACAUAUUAAACAUUGCAUACGGAAAUUAAUUGUGCAAAGUUCUGCAUACGGACGGGAGUUUGGUUGGUGUGCUUUUUGUCUAACAUUUUUUGUGUGUAUUGUGUGUGGUGUGCUGCCACGAGCUUGCUUUGAUUUGCUUGCUCUGGACAUCUCAAUUCUUCUGUCUAUCAGUCAGUCUGUCUCAUUGAUUGAUUUCAUUGUCGAUCAGACUUUGUGACUGACUUUGCUGGCUGGGGCAAUCAAACAACUAAUCUAUUUAGAGCUUUGUCUUGUCAAAUAGUAUUUCCGAAGAGAUACUUCAAGGUCUUUAAAGGCGCAGACAGAAGCAGCUUUUUAGCUGCGCACGCAUUUAGAAAUAUAAAAAAAGUGAUUUAAUUUGUUUUUGGAUCUCCGCUGCUGCUAUAAACGGAGACAAGAAGCAAAACCAGAAAAAUAAAAAAAAAACAAAAGCAAACGAAGAAACAGAAAAUUGUCACAGCGACUUCUUUGUUGAGGUGAUUGCUUCACCGUCUGUUAUCCCCUUCACUCCACAUUAUUCUCUUUAUCUGCUGCAACAAAUGGCUGACGUGAGUGACCCCAAUGAACUCUUUGUUCUUGAGUUACAUGAGGAUGAAAAUCCUCGUGAUUCAGAUGAUGACAAAAUCGAAUUGGACGAUGUUGACUUGGAACCAGAGUUAAGCAUAAAUUUACAGCAAGAGGCGGAAGGUCAAGAAACUAUACAGUUAUCAGAAGAAAAUGUAAAUCCUGGCAAAAUAAAGUUGGGUCCAAAAGAUUUUGAAUUAAAGAAAGUUUUGGGCAAAGGAGGUUAUGGCAAAGUAUUUCAGGUGCGCAAAACUUCUGGUCGUGAUGCUAAUAAAUAUUUUGCCAUGAAAGUUUUGAAAAAAGCCUCAAUAGUCACAAAUCAAAAAGAUACAGCACACACUCGUGCUGAACGUAAUAUAUUAGAAGCUGUUAAACAUCCAUUCAUUGUAGAAUUAGUUUAUGCCUUUCAAACGGACGGUAAAUUAUAUUUGAUUUUAGAAUAUUUAAGUGGAGGCGAAUUAUUUAUGCAUUUAGAACGCGAAGGUAUUUUCCUAGAAGAUACAACAUGCUUUUAUCUAAGUGAAAUUAUAAUGGCUCUGGGUCAUUUACAUAAACUGGGCAUCAUAUAUCGUGACUUAAAACCAGAAAAUAUUUUGUUAGAUGCUCAAGGUCAUGUAAAACUAACAGAUUUUGGUUUGUGCAAAGAACAUAUACAGGAAGGCAUAGUUACACAUACUUUCUGUGGCACCAUAGAAUAUAUGGCUCCAGAAAUUCUUACACGCCGUGGUCAUGGUAAAGCGGUGGAUUGGUGGUCGUUGGGUGCUUUAAUGUUUGACAUGUUAACUGGUGUGCCACCCUUUACUGCAGAAGAUCGUAAAAAAACAAUAGAGACUAUUUUAAAAGCUAAACUUAAUUUGCCUGCUUAUUUAACACCUGAAGCUAGAGAUUUGGUACGUCGUUUAAUGAAACGCCAAGAAUCCCAACGUUUAGGUAGCGGCCCUGAAGAUGCUGCAGCAGUUCAGGCUCAUCCCUUCUUUAAGCAUGUAAAUUGGGACGAUGUCCUUGCUAGACGUUUGGAUCCACCAAUAAAACCUCUAUUGCGCAGUGAAGAUGAUGUAUCUCAAUUUGAUACUAGAUUUACUAGACAAAUUCCUGUAGAUUCACCAGAUGAAACAACUCUCAGCGAAAGUGUCAAUUUAAUUUUCCAAGGUUUCACAUAUGUAGCGCCAUCAAUUUUAGAAGAAAUGCAAAGAGCUAACCGUAUGCCAGCCCGUUCACCUAGACGUACACCAAGACAAGCACACGAUGGUUCCUAUCGAUUACAAUAUCCCUUAGCUCCGAGAGGCAUUUACGCACGAGCCACGCCGCCACAUUUGCAAGCUUUCCCACCACGUCCCUCGCCCCAGGACGAAAUGAUGGACGUGCAAGGUUUACCUAUGUCGUAGUGCGUACAUAAAAGCAGCUGUAACUGCACCUCCAAAAGCCAUCAAAAUGUUAUCAAAGGCAACGGUUAAAGGCGUUUGAAAUGCUGACUAUAUAAAUACUAAAAGUAAUGUUAACUACACAUAUAUUAAACAAACAAACAAACAACAUUAAAUCGGAUGAUUAUAAAAUAAAAACAGAAUGAAACAAAAGGAAAAAAUGAAGAAAAACAUAUUAAAAACUUAUAAGAUAAUGAUAAUUGAUGAUUGAUUGAUUACAUUUAAUAAUACAAAAACUAAUGUUAAUGUUAUUUUUGUUUUUUAAUGAAGUAGAAAUUAAAAAAUAAAAUAUGUAAACCGAAAUUGGUUAUGGUAAAUGUAAUGCGGCGGUGUGUUGAUAAAGAAAUACAAAAAUAAAAAAUUGAACUUACACCAUUUUCUAUUGCAAAAAAAAUAUAUUCAAAUUGGACAUCAAUUCAAUUUAUGCUAAUUUUUACAAUGCCAAAGAAAAAUCUAUUUGAUUUUGUUAAAAA